AUGGGAAAGGCCGAUGGAAACGAAUGCGUUCAUGCUCUUUCACUCAUCAAAAUGGCAGCAGCGCGGCCGGUCGUUUCGGUCUAUUCUAGAGAUGGAAAACCAACUGAAGAUACUGUCAAUCUUCCAGCUGUUUUCAAGGCUCCUAUUCGAACAGAUAUCGUUCAAUUCGUCCACACAAAUCUGAGCAAAAACGCAAGACAACCGUAUGCCGUCUCAAAGGUAGCUGGGGAGCAAACUUCUGCCGAAUCGUGGGGAACUGGCCGAGCAGUAGCUCGAAUUCCCCGAGUUCGUGGCGGCGGAACUUCGCGAUCUGGAGCAGCGGCUUUUGGAAACAUGUGUCGCGGGGGGAGAAUGUUCAACCCGACCAAGACCUGGCGCAACUGGCAUCGUCGGGUUAACAUAACUCAGAGGCGAUUUGCGACGGUUUCUGCUAUCGCCGCUACUGUGUACAAAAACGACGAUGGAAUCGUGCGCGCGAUGAGAAAUCUUCCUGGUGUCACGCUGCUUCCGGUUGAUCAGUUGAACCUUUUGAAACUGGCUCCUGGAGGUCACGUCGGCCGGUUUACCAUUUACACGCAGGCUGCUUUCGAGGCUCUUGAUCGGGUCUACUCAGCGAAGAACAAGAAGGGUUUCUCGAUGCCUCGCUCGACUGUUUCGAAUCCAGACCUUCAACGAGUCCUCCAAGCUGAUGAAGUCAGAGCAGCCUUGAAACCAAGAGGUUUUGCAUCAAAACGAACAACAGUUAAGAAGAAUCCGUUGAAGAACAUCAAGGCGAUGCUCAAAUUAAACCCCUACGCGGCGGUAGAAAAACGGGCUCGCUGGAAAUCGGCAAUACGCAAUACGAAAGAAAAGGGGAAAACAGACGAACAGGACAAAGAUGAAGAUGAAGAGAUGGAAAUCACGAUUCUGCGACCGAAUGUCGUUGAGAACGCUCCGUCUCUUCGAAAUAAAGAAAGUGAAGAUGACGAAAUGGAUGACUUUGAACUAAAAAUAGCACAAAAUUCAGAAGUAAAAAGCGGCCUUCGGGAAAAAGAGUCCUCAGACGAAGACAUAGAAGAAAUUGAUAUCCAUUUCACCGGAAGUACGCAGGUCAAGAACAAUCGUCCAGGAAACGAAUCUUCUGAUGAGUCAUCAUCAGACGAGGAUGAUUUACCGGAAAUUUCAAUCCAGACGAAUACUGUAGUUGAAAGCUCGAUGGUCAGUGACGAUGAAAUAUUUCACGAUGUAAUCGUUGUUCUCGACGGAUCGGAUUCCUUCAAUAGGACUUUCAAUUCGGAAGCUUUUGAUGUGGCACAAAAAUUGGUUUUUGACGAUUUGGCUCCUCGACUUGCUGAGAAAUUUGGCAAGAAUUGUGGGAUGAGUCUCGUUCAGUUCUCUGGGAUCAAAAAGCUGACCAAAUCAUACGUUCCGGGUUCUGGUGGAAAAGCAGAUUCAUCAGGAGUCCUAGCUCACUGGCAAAUUGAAUGCGAUCACGUGCACCCCUCCAACGCGAAAAUAAAUCCAGAGAGUAGCUCUUUCGACGGAAAUGGCCAGUUGUUUUUGUGUCUUCAAGAUUUGAGCUUGGAGAAUUUCAUCACGGAUUUGGACAAAAUGCUUCCGAUAAGCAAAGACAGAGAAAGAAAGCAAUAUCUUCUGGUCAUCACUGACGACGAGUGGGAUAUGAACGGGCUUAGAACACCGGAAGGAACGGAAGCUACUGAAGAAGAGGUGACCGCGCGAGCAAAACAGCACUACGAAAUCUUCCCAAUCAUCGUUCGUGACAACCGAGCAAGCAAUAACAACGAAGAAUUCAUCUCAACUCAUCUCGCUUCUCGACCAGAAAAUGUUCAGAAGGUCUUUUCCAACUCUUUUGAAGAGAAUCUGACUGCUGCUUUUGAGAAAAUUGUCAGUUCGAUUUGA